AUGGCGAGGUUGUCUGUAAGUCACGACUACCCCCACGCCCCUUUGUUUGCGGCACUACUCUUGUUUGAAGUUUUUUUUGCUGACGGAAUAUCUGUCACAGCCGCAAAUGACAUAACAGUUGCUCCCGCUGCCGAGGCAGUUAGUGGUGAACUGCAGUUGACCGACGCAGUGCUCGCCAACCUCACUGAGCUGGAACUGGACCAUAUCGAGCUGUUCCAGUUUGCUGACGAGAGCGCGGCACUCGACAAGCGGGCCCUCUCGGCUCUGGCCAAGUGCAAAUCCAUGCCCGGUGACCUCCUGUGGCCUGGAAAGCUCGUGUGGAAGGUCUUUGACCUGCUGACUGGCGGCGCUCUCAUCAAGACGGUUCCCUUUGGUGCUGUCUGCUUCCCUGGCGAGCAUUACGAUGCUAACGAGUGCUCGCGCAUCGUGGACAACUGGACCAACUCUGACACUCACGAUGAGGAUCCUACCGCCAACAUGUAUCCCCUCUACGAAGGCAACGCCUGUCUCCCCCAGGAUGCCGGAAAGGAGGGAGCCAAGUGCCAGCUCGGCGGUCUCCCCGUUUAUUCUGUCAAGGCCACCAGCGUCUCCCAGAUCCAGCUCGCCGUCAACUUUGCCCGCAGUCUCAACCUCCGCCUGGUCAUCCGCAACACUGGCCACGACUUCCUCGGCAAGUCAACCGGCGCCGGAUCCCUUAACAUCUGGACUCAUCACCUUAAGAAUAUUGAGCUGCUCAAGGACUACAAGUCUGCCGGCUCCUACUCUGGCCCUGCCCUCAAGGUCGGCGCCGGUAUCCAGGUGUUUGAACUGUACGAGGCGGCCAACAAGUAUGGGUACACUGCUGUCGGUGGCGAGUGCAGAACCGUCGGUGUUGCUGGUGGCUUCACUGCCAUGGGUGGACACUCUCCCAUGUCCCCUAUCGCCGGUCUGGGAUCCGACCAGGUCCUCAGCCUUGAUAUUGUCACCCCUGACGGUCGCUUCAUCACCGCCAACGAGAAGCAGAACCCCGAGAUCUUCUGGGCCGUCCGUGGCGGCGGUGGUGCCACCUUUGGCGUCGUCACUUCUCUGACUGUCCGUGUCUGGCCCAAGAUGACCUUCUCUGGUGUCACUUGGAGCCUCUCCAGCGAGGAGGCUGGCAUCAGCAAAGAUCUCUUCUGGGAGGCCAUGCGCAUCUACUGGGCCAAGUUCCCCGAGUACAACGACAACCACACCUACGGCUACUCGACCCUUUUCUCUGCUGGCUCCGGGAAGUACCUGUGGAGCAUGAAGCCCUGGCUCGUCCCCGGCAUGGAGUUGCCCGAGUUCAAGGCCAUGGUGAGCCCCCUUUUCAAGGAGUGGAAGGAGAUUGGCUUCGAGAUUGAGCCCGAGUGGUUCACUCACGACAACUUUUACGACACAUGGAAGAACCACUUCCCUGCCGAGUCUGUCGGUGCCUCCACCGUCCGAACUGCCUCUCGUCUUAUCCCCCGCAAGAAUUUUGAGGAUGUCGAACUUCUCAACAAGACCAUGGACACGGUUCAGUCCAUUGUCGAGGAUGGUUCCGUGCUCAUCCAGUAUAACAUCAACGGCGCAGCUCCUAAGAACGUCGCCUCGAGCGCCCUCAACCCCGCAUGGCGAGACGCGUCCAUGUUUGCCAUUGUCGGCGCCGGCUGGUCGCCUGAUAGCAGCCCGGCCGAAAUCCUCGCCACCAACAAGAAGAUCACCAACGACUGGAUGGAGCGCCUCCGCGAGGUGACUCCCGGAUCUGGCGGCUACGGUAAUGAGGGCGAUGUGAUGGAGCCCAACUUUGGUCAGGCUUUCUACGGUAGCGAAAACUACAAGAGGCUGUACGCUCUCAAGAAGAAGCUGGACCCCUGGGGUGUCUUUUACGCUCCCACUGCUGUUGGUAGCGAAGACUGGGAGAUUACGCUGAGCAGCUGGUUGACUCUCCAGACUGGCCGUCUCUGCCGCAAGUAG